CGCGCGCUAUGUUUCUGCCUGAUGUCCACAAACAACUCGGUUUUCUUUCAGUUUUCUACAUUUAAAACAAAGAUUUAACGGUGACGUUUGGCAACACAAACUCGUAGUUGUGGCUUAAUGCUCCUGAACAGAAGACACAGACUGUCAUUUAUGUCGUCCUGACCUCGCUCAGCUGUCAUCAUGUCCCAGACCAACUCCUCUCUCCUGGACGAGGUGGUGCAGUGGAGUCAGGAAACCUGCCGCCAGGAGCUCAAGUCCGUCCUGCCAAAACUCACCUCUUUGCAUAAUAACUCUGAGAGUUGGGAUGACCAUAUACGUGUGUUGAAGAUCAUUACAGACAUGUUCCUCCCUCAUAUUGGUUUGUCUGAGCUGGAAGAUGAAUGCUUCUCCAAGAUCCUACCAAAGGCGGUGACGAUGUUUGACCGCAUGAUGAAAGAAAUCAUGAACCAAGUUGGAGGCCUGUCGAGUCAAAACACUGAACUGUGUUCCUUUCUCAGGAACAUCCUGCAGGCAAUGAUGCAGAUAAUCGAUGCUCUAUCCACCUGCGUGCGUCAUGUUGGUUCGUUCGAGGAAACUCCUGAUAUAGACGCCAUCCGCUCGUUACCAACUUGCAUCCUGAAAGUCCUGAGGGAAACCUUUCAGCACUGCAAGGAGAGUGAGGUGGUUUAUUGCGGCCGCCGGUCCCUGGUGGCCGACCUGCUGCAGGGACUCUUUAAAGAGGCCUACUCCCUCCAGAAGGCUCUGCUGGAGCUGCUGGAGCCGAUCUCACUGGACAGCAGCGCCUCCGAGGAAGAGGUCUCUGACAUCGUAACAGUGAUUCACAACCUGCUGGAUAUCUGCUCCAUCACCUCUAACUUGGACAUGGCACUGCAUGCAAACACAUGGAAGUUUGUCAUCAAACAGAGUCUGAAGUACCAGUCAUUGGUGGAGGAACAUCUGCAUCACGGAGACAUCAGCAGCAGCCUGUGUGACAACCUGCUGGCCUCCUUCCUCACCUCUGUGGAGCUCGCUGAACAGAUCACACACGCUGGACUACAGGAGUCGACACAAAGCCCAGAAUACAAACUGUUCCAGAAAACUGCAAAGAUGUGCAGAUUCUUUGCCAACACGUUGGUUCAUUACAUAAAGGAGUUUAAAUGUUUUCUGACAAAGUAUUGCAACGACUUUCACCAACUCUACCUCCAGAUAAUGUGUAAGUUCCCUCCCAGCCUGUGUGCUCCAGCUCUUCCCCCCGCUCUGUCCGGGGAGCUGCAUACAGCCGCUCUGGUUCCCAUCGAUGCCUUCCUGCUCCAGCUGCUGCCUCUAAGGCCCUUCGCUGAAAUUGUCCUCCAGCAGGACCUGCGGCUGUCUCCUGAACAUGAGCUUCCUCACUGUCUCCUGCUGGUGAACGUCCUGGGUCAGCUCUCCUCCCAACCAGAGGAGGUGCUGCAGCUUUGGUACUCUGGCAGCCACUUCUCAGAGGAAACUCCCAGGCUCCCUCUCUACCAGGCCUUGUUCACCAGUUUCAGGCGAUGCUACACUGAGCGCCAGGUACCGGUGCUGUUGCCGGGGGUGAUGAUGAAGGGUCAGGCCCAGGUCCAGGUCUCUCUGCACAACCACCUCUGUGUGCAGCUCUGUGCCAGCGUGGCUGCGGUGCCUCCGGUGUUCCUCCCUGUGCUGGAGCGCUGCUUGGUGCAGACGGUGCUGCAGGCGGACGCUCAGACCGCUCUGCUGGCCACAGAUGUUUGGUGCUUCACUGCACGGUACGGGACAGCAGAACUGUGUCUGCAUCAUGUCGUCCUUGUUGCUCAGCUGGUGAAAGCUUGCACCACUGAGUGUUACCAGUCGCUCCACCUGGGCCUGCUGCUCAAACGCAUGGUUUUCCUCAUGACGCCCGAACACCAGAUGGAGCUGUUAACUCGUUUCCCGCCGUCUGAGGUAGAAAACCUUUCAGUGUGGAGACAUGUCCUCCUCAGAGCUCUUUCCCAAGAUGCUCGUCACCGUGUCGAGACCGACAUCAUCAGCCUCGCUCAAAAAGCUCUGACUGACUGGCAGAAUGGAGGCUACAAACUAGGACAAGUGGACAAAAUGAACACGGUGCUGCGGCCCCUCCUGGCGGUGGUCCGGGUGCAGACCUCUCCUGAGGACCAGUGUGUGCUGUCUGCUCUGAGGGUCCUCACACAGCUGUGGUUACGAAUGAGUCCAGAGCAGGUGCAGAGCCAGCCCGCGCUCCACUGCACGCUGCAGCUGCUGCUCUCCAUAUCAGCCGUUCUAGUGAAAAACAUCGAACCUCAAGUCAUCUACCAGGCUCUGCUGUGUGUGGACGCCGUGGUGUCUCAGCGGUGUGCCGAUCAGCUGACGCUCGCUGCUCUGGAGUUCCUCUCCUCUCUGGGGAAGAUCUUCGUCCCCACAGACAGCCAGAGUCAGAUCCUGCCGAGGCUGAGCGGCCUGUUUGGAGCCAUGUUGUCCGACAGGUCCUGGCCGCUGCACCAGCACGCUCUGGAGGCCUUCUCUCACUUUGCAGAGAUUACAAACCAUGAAGAGGUCAUUUCCCAGAGUCUGUGUGUUGAAGAAACCAAGGCGAAGGUGGUGAACUAUCUGAGCAAGACUGUAAAUGCUCGGGAACAUGUGGAGUCACGGCUGCAGAGGAUCAAACUGGAGAAGGUCGUUAUUGAGAAACACAACGAGAGGCUGGAGAGCGACAAAGAAAAUGCUUCUGACAGAAUCACUGCUGAAGCUGCUGCUGAAACACUCACUGCUGAAGCUGCUGCUGAAACACUGGCUGCUGAAGCUGCUGCUGAAACACUGGCUGCUGAAGUUGUAGCAGACUCAGAGCCGUGUCCAAAGAAAGCUCGGCAGGAGUUUUGUGCAGAGGAGGAGUUCAGCCGCUACGUCACCACCGCUGAGAGCGCUCUGAAAGCUCUGCAGGCUCUCACAGAACGCACCUCUCCUCCAACACCUCCACCCUGGCUGGAGUCCAGACUGCAGGAGCUCCAGACCAUCCUCACACACAUCAGAACAGCCACACACACAAGCUAGCCCCAGAUGUAUUUACUUCAUAUAUAGAAAAACUAUUUAAAGUCUGUGAAACCCUUUCUCUGCUGCUGUGAAGUAUCAGCUUUUAAACCGGUUGUUUUGUUUAUUAAACUUGUUUGAUUACA